AUGCAGGCUGUCGCUGCGUCCCCUAUGCACCUGCACUCGGCACCGACCGCUGGGCGUGUGCCCAUUCGCGGGGAUCUUCCGAAUCCCCAGGAUGUGCAGGCUGCUCACUCGUAUGGAGCUUCACGGGUCGUUCCUCCGCACCAGCCGGCAUUUUCUGGACGAACGGUGCCACCUCCCCGGAUAUCACCGCGCGGCGAUCAAGGUUUUACUGGCGCAGUGCGGCGAUCAAGAUCCCCGCCUCGAGAAGAGAGGCCUCCAAGCGCAAUGGAUGUUGAUUUUGAGGGAGUCGAGGAAAUUCGUGGUUCCCGGAUUAGCGGGCAGAUAGCCGUGAGAUAUGUGGCUCCACUAGAAACAAGAUCGGCACCUACAUAUCCACACGCGGUGCCCAAGAUUGCAGCACUUCCAGGAGCACAAGGUCCCUUCAGCCCUAGAACACAAGCGCUGAAAAACAUGGAAGCACGUGGACGAAGGCAGCAGCAUGCUGACGAGCGGCAUGCGCGUUCGCACGCACAUUCGCGGCACCAUCAUGCUUUGCCGCGUGGCGCCGGAGACAACAGAAACAACAAUGUUUCGCCACCUUCGCAGCCACGACACCAGCAUCCUCAGAAAGUAGACGACAGCAAAAAGGAGUUGAGCUUCCUCGAGCGGGCACUUACGAUUCCAGCAGAACAGGCGCCGCAGCUCCUGCUUCGGACCGACACCCUGGCACCCUCGAGGCGCGUGAAGCCUGUAGAACCAGCACAUCGCCCACCAGGCUCGCCGAAACCACGCUUGGAUACUCCGUACCAGGUCAAGAGACAUACUCUACUGGGAAAUAUUCCCAAGAUUAACAUUUUUUCGCCCAAGAGCGCUCUGAAACGAAUCAACGAGGUGCCUGCUUCUGCUAGUGAGCCCGCGGAGGGGGAUGAAGUUGAAAGUUAUCAUCAGAACGUCCAGCACCAGAAAAAGCGCCGCAUGGUAAAUGCCGAAGGUGAGGCAGCGUUUGAGUCUUCUCAAUCGGGGCUCUUUGAUUCUCCGACGGAGACAGCGCACGUAGAUAACGCACGUGGCGAUGAAAGCUGCUUCUCUUUUGAGCCCGAGUAUCCGAGUGCAUCUUCUGGCAACGCUCUCCUGACCGAAGGUGACGAAGACAGCAUCGUUGAGCAGACUGGAAAGGAAGGUCGGAGUUGUAGAAAUGUUAAAGAGCCAAUUUCCGCUGCUCCACAGCCUCACAUCUCGCAGCACUUGGCGCAGGGACGUGAGACUCCCGAGGACUAUUUUAACCAUGUGACUCAGUCAGAGCUGCGCAGCAAGGAUACCGCUGCUCCAGAAUCCUCUUGCGGCACGCAAGCCGCAAAGGAGCAGGAAGCUGUCAGAGAAUCCUGGCCGGUUUUCGCGUUUAACGGAAACGAGGAGCAAAUUGAGUCAUGUUCGCAGGACGACGAAGGCGCUGGGUCGCUCUCGACUCCGGAUCAGGUCCUGGAAACUGACUCGGUGCCAGCCGGUCGCGCUUUCCCACAGUCGGUUGUAGAGGCAGCCUUGCCCGACUUGGUUCAUCAAACGAGUAACCUCGACGUGGCCGAGCUCGUCGCGGAGGAAGGCGGGAGCCACCAAUUCAUGACCAACCCUUCGGCGCAUGGGGUGCUGCGCAGCAAUAGCUGUUCGUCGGCUCCGCGGACGUCCAACUAUAACAUGGGAGUCGAUCAUCUUCAAGGGUAUGGGAUGGAUGUUGCCGCGUUACUCCGGGACUCCUUAGAUGAGAUGUCAGAGAACGACCAAGAACACGACGCAACUUUUACAACACAGGCCACUGUUACACUUGCAGAGGCCAGAUCUGGUGCGUCGCCUAUCGCAGGCUUCUUGGUCGUUCAGGACAGCGAUGUGGAUGCUGAGGCAGUGAUGUACAACAACAAAAGCACUAGUGUUUUCGCCAACAGUGCCUUUCCUUCGCACAGGGAGAUGCAUUCCUUGGACCUGGGAUCUUUGCUCGAAACCGACAACAGUGAGAGAGCGGGUACGACGUGUUCGUCCCAAGACGGUGGAGCUCCGAGGCUGAAGCUGUCGCCGAGAAACCUCGAUAUGCUACCUCGGGUUCAGACGGCAACUCAAGCAAACGCGGCUGCUGCCUGGACAAGCGCUGGAGGACCGCCGCAGUUGCGAAACGACUCAUCUAGUGCGUCCUUGAAUACUGAAGUUGAAGUCAUUACGUAUUUGCCAUCUACCGUCGCAAACAUGGUAAGCCCACCGCCCUCAGUUGUGGGUGGGGCCAUUGAGACGCAGUCGACCGCUCUGGGAUCUGCUAGUCAAGGCGGCGGUUCCUCCUCUGAACGGGACCAUCAGAUGAUCCCAGAGUCCCGUACGGAGCAUCCGACAGCUUCUGAAGAUGUCUCAACUGACAUGUCGCGCAGAGAAGUAUCAACUGGCCCGACAAACGUGAAGAACCGAAUCAAGAUGUUCGAGAACCUCUCACAUGGGGAUUCUCCCCGCACUGGCACCUCACCGAGAGCGGCUGCAUGUCCAAAAAAGCUAAACAUUCCGACUGCCUUCAAUAGUCCGCAUCACGAUCAUAUUGACUCCACACCUCCCGGACAUCAUGCUCGCGCUUCCUCCUCCGCCAAGCCCGUGGAAGUGUCUGAGAAGAAGAGGGAUCACGUCGAGGAGUCAGUCUCGAUCUCGAAUACGAAAAACUCUGGUAGUACUGGAAAAGUACUAGAUGACGGGCAGUCCUCUCAGGAGGAUGUUGUGCCAACGCGUGCAUUCGACACCGCGGCUUUCAUAGUACCUGCACCAAAGGCUUUUCCAGAUGCCGGCUUCGUGGAUAUGGAUGGUGGCGGCUUCUACCAAGACGGCCCCUUCCACCUCUCUGACGCUCUGCCUCGGGUCCCGCGGCAAACGCAGGCGAAGCAGGACGAGGAACGGUUCCACAAGAGCUUUGCGGAGCGUGCACUCGCAAGACUGCAGGAUGGGCUCGACAUGCACGCAGAGCAUGAAGAGGAACUGCAGGAACUGGCGGAAAUGAUGGGACUGGACGUGGAUGAACUGCGGCGCAGCCAUCAGUUUCGUAAUUCCACCAACUUCGCGCUGAACGCCGCAGCCCUGGGAACGGCCGACACGCUGGGGGAGACCCCGCGAAGCGCCAGCAGCAGUGGAAAGGGAGUCAUUGCCGGCGAAAUGGAUGUGGAUCAGAGUGUCUUUCAUGUGGGCGACGACUUGUCACAUUUGGCGCGCAACAGGUUGUUGCUAGAGCAGGUGCAAAAACACGCGGAGGUGCUUGGCAUGUCGCCGGCUGAAGUCCUGAGGGAACAGUUGGAACAUGACCAAGUCGAGCAUCAACAGGCGCUCAAUCACGCGCGCCGCGCGUCUGCCACCGGAGAAACAACAAUCGGCAUGGGAGCAGGGGUCUUCAACAGUGCUACUAGACCGGAAACGACGGAGGCGACUCCAGAGCAUCAGGUCAUGAUGCAACUAGCGCUUCUCCAGAUUCUCGUUGCGAGCGAGGGAGCAUUCCGCAAAUCCUCUAUCUCGGAGGGAAAGUACAACUACAUCGCCAUCCCGGCAAGCAUGGGUGAGGAAGCGGUUCGUGCCGCCUCAGACAAGUACUCAACAAAGCACCCCCACGAGAACCACGAACAGCAGCAUCAGCAACAUCGGCAAUCACACCAUAACCAGCUGCAACAGCACCAUAAAAACAAAAAGCGUCAACACCAGCAGCAGCAUCAUCGGCAACGACGGCAUUCGUCCUACCAUAGGCACAACAGUGUAAUAGCGCAAGGCGCUGCGCAGGAUGCAUAUGCGCUCGACGUCGACGAACUGACCGCGAAGAUGGCACAGUUGCGCCUUGACUCAGUAAGCGAGGAAGCUCAUCAUGGAGUGUCAUCAUCAGCAGGUCAUUCUGAGUCCGUGGAGGAAAUGCAGGCCGCCAUGGGUUUGAACGGGCGCCAGGAUGCGGCGUUACAGCACGAGCAGCGCCGUGAGCGCGAAGCGCAAGCGGAGAAGCUAGAAUCUCUGCGCGCUGGCGUCGCCGAGCUCGCAGAAGAUGCGGCUCACGCUGCAGCCGAACUCGCGGAGCACCAGGCCGACGAGUCUCAUGACCAUGCGGAGCACGACCAAGUCGAAAAUCGUGCUCCGCAGGGUCAUGAGACUCGUGCGCAGAUGUCGCACAUGAAGAAUGCGAAUCAUGACGAUGAAGAAGCGCAUUUGGAGCAUUUGGAAGAUAUGCACAAGCUGAUGGACAGUAGUAAACGUCUCAGUGGCUCCAUCUUGCACGCAACGGUGGGCGAACUCUCCGAAGACUCCGGUGACGAGGACCGAGCUGCCUUCCACGCGUUGGCCAGGCGUUCCCAGAAUUUGCUAGAGCAAGUGGACCGCAUUCUUCGUCUCAGACCCAUGCAGAGGGCCUAUAACCGCUUGCGCAUGAUUCGUGCGCUUCGCGGAGGUCAUCUGGAAGCGACAGCCUCUUCGUACUCUGGAGGCGCUGAAAAGAGUGCCGCUGAGAAGAAGAUUAUAUACAACAACAGCAGCGACCUUGGAGGAGGCUACGAACUGCUUGCUGGAGGAGCAAACCGCUUUUCUCCCUCGUGGAAUGCAGAUUUGCGGCAACCCCUCGUGAAGGGAGCAGAGGGUGAAGCCGCUGCGCCACAGGAGGAAGGCGGAGAAGACGGCGAACAAAGUCAAGAGCAAUUCCUUUACUAUGACUCGCCUUCUGGAACAUCGGGCGGCGUCCCGAGUGAGGAACUCAGCCCUGCACUGCACGAGAGGACGCUAGAGGUAGGUACACUGCUCCUGAGUCCACCAGACGAGGACGCACCUCCAGAAAAUAUGUCCGUAAAUGUUAAUCUUCGCAUUCAAGCACCAGAGGGCGAAGGACCGCCUCACCAGAUACAGCAGCAGCAGCAGCAGGAUGUGCCAACAUCAAAUGUCGAAUAUUUCCAACGUGAUAGCAGUCGUCUCUUCAGUUCAGUCGCUGCUGCUGGUCAGGACUUCGAGGAAGUUCCAUCGCCGGUUCCAGCGGUUCCAGCACCUAAGCGAAUUUUACGACCGGUAAGUCCCGCAAUGAACGCAACCACAUCCACAGGGUCGGACAAUCGCAGUUUUUCGGAGCCCCGGCCGUUUGUGAUCGGCGUGUGUGGCGCCAGCUGCAGUGGCAAGACCACGGUCUGUGACAUCUUGCGGGCUGAGUUCAUGACGACCGAUAGUCGAGUGGCGUUUUUGCCUUCGGACAGCUACUACAAGUCCCUGACGGACGCGCAAAAAGCCCUCGCGCACGAGGGAAAGUACGACUUUGACGUUCCGGAAGCUCUGGACUGGCAGGAUUUGUUGCGGGAUCUCCGCACGUUAAAGCAAGGCAAGGAACCCGUGCAACUGCCGAUGUACAGUUUCAAAACGCAUUCGCGCAUUCAGCUACCCGAAGACGGCAGUCCUUUUCCAGACGACGUGGACUUGACCGGAGUGAGUGGAGGCGACGUGCUACAGCCUAGCGACGUGAUUAUCGUGGAGGGCAUUCUCGUCUUCGCGGCUGGGCAAGCCUUGUUGGACGAGAUCGACAUGAAAAUUUUCAUCGACUGCGACUCCGAUGUGCGUUUGGCCCGACGCUUGCAGCGGGACAUCGUAGAGCGCGGCCGCGAGUUCGACGGCAUCUUGAAGCAGUAUUUGCGCUUCGUGCGGCCCUCGUACACCAACUACGUGGAACCCUCAAGGCGUUAUGCGGACGUCAUCAUCCCAAACAACAACCAGGAGCACACUGAGGGCGUAGCGUCUUUGCGUCGAAACUGCGUCAUCAGCAUGAUUCUCGACCAUAUCAAGCUGCAUCUCGCCCAACGACGCCGCAUUCGUCGUCUAGAACAAAAACAACAAGAGCAGCCGCAACAAGGUAACAUUUCGGAGAAAAGAACAGCAACGUCAAAAGAUAGCAGCACUUCUAGCAACAACCCGGGAACGCUCACACCUAAUCAUCAACAUCUAAAUAAUCUACUAACAUUAUCCAACCCCUUCUCCCGCCCGGUCUCAUCUCCGACGUCACAUGAUGUUCCGGCGAGCUCAGUGACAGCACGAUGGGAAAGCAGUUCUGCGGCCGGAACGCCAGUUAUAGGGCCACGAAAAUUGAAACAGAAGCAGAACUAGCUAGUCUAUGUCAUGAUGGGUAUGGAUAUGAAUCAGUUGCUAAAAAUGAAAUAGUUACUAGCUUUCCCCGGGUUGUCAUGAUAGGUAUGGGGUGAGAAGAUCAACAGAUGUGCACAGAAUAAAUGCUCGUGUUGUUCUUCGAGCCAGAUGAUGUCUAUCUUUCAGGAAUAAACUUGAAUUAUUGAUCCAUCGAUGAGAUUUAGAGUGUAGCAUUCUUAUGAUUGAUUAUAUAAGUACAUGUUUUAGUUUUCUUCUCAAAGCACAUAAGUAAAGCGGCGCUCAAAGCACAUAAGUAAAGCAGCCGGCUAGUUUUCCCUCUACUCGUAGACUUAUCCCUUCAAGCAAUAUAUACAUGCUUUCCUCUGACUUCCUCGAGGGCAUACUAGAGAUAUCUUUAGGAUUACAUAUUUUAGUAUGACACUGCAGAUUUUACUGCAUUCAGACUUAUUGUAUUAGGUUUUGUUGGAAAAGAUGAGAAGGCAGGGAAGAACAGACGCGGCACGAACAGCUUUCGCCGUAAAGCUGCACUAGUGGAAGAGCGUACUGAUACCUUCAGAAAAUUGUUUUUGUAUCUAAGCAUUCAGAGUUUCUUAUGAAAUUUCGCAUUCUUUCACUUCGCGUUACUUUGUGAUACAAGAAAAAAUCCUUCACGAUGUACAAAUUCUUUGGAACACAAAAGAGAGAUUUCUUGUAGCAUUCAUGCUUAGUCAUUAGAGAUUAGUCAAAAUGAUUCCUUCAUAGUGUUAUAAAAAGAAUUGGAAACAACAAGGCACUAAGUAAAGGUAUAACUACGUAAUGUACAAAUCGUGUAAGUGUUGUGAUUAUGAUUUCUUCGAUUGUAUAGAUAAAUAGUUAAUACACAUGAUUUCUUACCAAAAACUUUUAGAAACGCACUGUCUACUGUGUCUAUGGUGUUAUAGAAACGAACAAAGCAGACAACUUCCACUUCGGUUUAUGUGUGCCAUGAAAUUAGGAUUCCCCUCUUGUAAUUAUCAAAGUCAAAUCAUGUCCAAGACGUCAGAAAAGCCUGAAAUCCAUUGCUGAAUGCACAAAGAACUCAUAUCCAAAUCGAACUCACAU